GACACAGGAGGACAUUUUGGACAUUUUAGAUCUGAAGAUGGAGGUUCUUUUGUUCUGGAUUCUUGUGGUCGCUGCUCGGUGGAGAUCAGUCCCUGGUCAGGACUUUGCUGUAGAGCCUGUCCGGUUCCUGUACCCGGUCCUGGGCCAGGACCAGACUAUGGACUGUGACUGCGACAGUUUUCACUGUGAGCAGGUCACGUGGUUCCGGACACUAACUACAGAGGGCGUCAUACAGGUCUUGGGCCGGUCUAACCAGGCGGACCGGGUAUCGUAUGAAUCGGGUAUGGAGAAAAAAUUUCAGAUCUUAAAGAAGGCUGGGUCUGGGUACUCGCUCCGCAUACGCAAUACUUCUACUGCAGAUCGUGGCGUGUACUCCUGUGUACUGAAGACACACAGAACAGAGGAGCUGUGGAAAAGGGGAGUACUGUUACUGCCUGGGGAGUCUCCAGUGACUGAGCCGUCAAAGGAGGCACCCAGACCGCCCCCCGUCCCCUUGCACUGUUCCUGCCAGACUCACUCACACUCCACAGGUUGUGGUUCUCUGAUUCUGUGGCCUUUGGUUGGAGUAGCCUCAACUCUAUGUCUGACGCUACUAUGUACUGUCUACUACUACUACAGACUUCCCAAAAAAUGCCGACAUCGCUUCGUCAAGUGCUCUUUUGGGUCAGUCAGUGCCUCAUCAGCCAUGAACCUCACCCCCAUCACUGAGGCCAACACUUACAGCCGCUAA